AUGGUUGUUGCCGCGAAUUGGCUUGCGGCUACCUCGGUGGUGGGCAUCGCUGCUGCCCAGUACUUCCCGCCCGCGCCAGAGGGGCUGAAAGUAGUCCACUCGAAGCACGAAGAGGGUCCUGGUAUCUGCGAAACCACGCCCGGCGUCAGAUCUUUCUCGGGGUAUGUCCAUCUACCUCCCGGGACAUUGGACGACGUACAUGUCUCGCAAGACUACCCAAUCAAUACGUUCUUCUGGUUUUUCGAAGCCCGUCAUAAUCCGAAGAAUGCGCCUCUCUCGAUCUGGAUGAACGGUGGGCCCGGCAGUUCGUCCAUGAUCGGGCUCAUGCAGGAAAAUGGUCCCUGCCGUGUCAAUGAAGAUUCCAAUUCCACCGAGCUGAACCCCUGGUCGUGGAACAAUUAUGUCAACAUGCUGUACAUUGACCAGCCAAAUCAGGUAGGGUUCAGCUACGACACCCCGACCAACGGCACCUAUGACCAGAUCAACAUGGCCUGGGAUGUAUCGGGCUGGAAGCACGGUGUCCCAGAGCAGAACAAUACCUUCUACGUCGGUACGACGACUAGUGGGAAUCAGUUGGCGAGUGCCAACACCACACAGAACGCUGCCCGCUCGCUGUGGCAUUUCGCGCAGACCUGGUUCUCCGAAUUUCCAGAGUACAAGCCCCAUGACGAACGAGUGAGCAUCUGGACGGAAUCUUACGGUGGUCGCUAUGGCCCCUCCUUUGCCGCAUACUUUCAGGAGCAGAACGAGAAGAUCGCUAAGGGUAAACUCACCGACCCCGGCGAGUCGCACUAUAUCCAUCUGGACACCCUAGGAAUCAUCAAUGGCUGCGUCGAUCUGCUCGUGCAGGAGCCUUCCUAUCCUAAGUUCGCGUACAACAAUACCUAUGGGAUUGAGACAAUCAACAAGACCGUAUACAACAACGCCAUGCAUGCAUGGAGCCGUCCGGGCGGAUGCAAGGAUCAAAUCAAGCGCUGCCGUGCCCUGGCGGCAGAGGGCGACCCGCAGAUGUACGGCAACAACAAAACCGUGAAUAAGGUAUGCCGCCAGGCCGACAGCAUCUGCAGCAAUGCUGUCGAAGGCGUCUACCCCGAGUUCUCAGGACGGGGCUACUACGACAUCGCCCACAAGAACCCCGAUCCCUUCCCGCCAUCAUACUUCCUCGGCUACCUAAACCAGAACUGGGUGCAGGGUGCACUGGGUGUCCCCAUCAACUUCACCGAGUCGGUAGAUAGUGUCUACUACGGCUUCUCUUCGACGGGCGAUUACCCACGCUCCGAUGUACGCGGGUAUCUGGAAGACAUCGCCUAUGUCCUAGACUCGGGUAUCAAGGUUGCCCUCGUGUACGGCGAUCGCGACUAUGCCUGCAACUGGAUCGGUGGUGAGGACGUGAGUCUGUUGGUCAACCACGCCGAGGCGACCAAAUUCCGCGCUGCUGGCUACGCUCCCCUGCGCACCAAUGCGUCGUAUGUUGGCGGCCAGGUCCGCCAGCAUGGCAAUUUCUCCUUCACCCGCGUCUACGAGGCGGGCCAUGAAGUCCCUGCCUACCAGCCCGAGACCGCAUACGAGAUCUUCCAUCGUGCCCUUUUCAAUCGCGAUCUAGCCACAGGCAAGGUCAAUACAGCCCGCAAUGACAGUUACUCUACGAGUGGCCCUGCUUCGACCUGGCAUAUCAAGAACGAGGUCCCCGAUAGCCCAGAGCCUCUCUGCUACAUUCUUGCUCUGGAGUCUACGUGCACUGAUGACCAGAUUGAGAGUGUGAUCAACGGCACGGCGAUCAUCAAGGACUAUGUUGUUGUGGGAAACAAGUCUUAA